GUUCGAUUCGAUAGAUCGAUAUUCGAUAUUGCCGGCUCCGAGUCGCGAAAAUGCCAAGAUGCAUAAAUACAAGAAAUAUAAUUUAUUGUUGUUCUAUGUGAUUUUGAUCGCGCCGAUUUCCAUUAUUUUAUUUUUAUACGGUUUUUUCCCGAUCGCUUCUCAUGACGACGCGAUCGCCUCGCGAUUGGAUAUUCCGAAUCGCAUCGGCAACGUGAGCAUAGGGGAACGUAUACAUACACUAUAUAAACCGAUGAUAGUAAGAUUGAUAAUUAUGGUGAUCGAUGGGCUGCGAUGGGAUUUUAUAGCAGGUCCAACAGGGAAUGCUGCCAUGCCAGUGACGAGUAAGCUUCUGGCAAACUCUUCAGGAUGCUUGUUACGAGUCAAGUUGCAAUCGCCAACAGUAACAAUGCCUAGAAUUAAGGCUAUGAUGACUGGUACAGUGCCGAAUUUUGUAGACAUAGUACUGAACUUUGGAAGUAAACCUUUGCACAGCGACAAUUUGUUACUUCAAGCAAAAAAUAAGGGCCACAAACUGAUAUUUUACGGAGAUGACACUUGGCUGUCCCUGUUUCCUGAUAUGUUCGAGCGCCAUGACGGCACUACUUCCUUCUUUGUUACAGACUUUACAGAGGUGGAUAAUAAUGUAACUCGACAUGUAGGACAAGAAUUGGAUAGCUAUGAUUGGAGCAUGCUGAUUCUCCAUUACCUGGGACUCGAUCACAUUGGUCAUGUUGAGGGUCCGUUUGGUCCAUCGAUUAAACCCAAACUACAGGAAAUGGACGAGAUCAUCGAUCAGAUAGCUCGAAGAGUGCAGUAUUGGAACGCCAACCGAAUACGGACGCUUUUCGUUAUCUGUGGCGAUCACGGGAUGAAAGAUUCGGGUGGUCACGGCGGCUCGACACCUCAGGAGACAACUGUGCCCUUCGUCACAAUAGGACAGACACGCUGUUCGCGUCGGAAAGACGGCGAACCGGUCGAGAUCGAGCAACUCGACAUCGCGGCGACGCUGUCGACCAUCUACGGAUUACCUAUUCCUUUCGGGAAUCUCGGCUCUUCGUUCGUGGACAGCAUUUACGAGCUGGAUGAUAUGAAGCGGCUAUUUCUUCUCCAUUACAAUUCGAAGCAGGUGCUCGAUCGUUUCCGGAAACUCGUCGAUCAAGAGUCGCAAAUUGAAUAUGUACACCAGAAGUAUUUGAACACUGUAAAUUUGCAUGCGGCUUGGUUGAAGACAUUUGACAGAUCCAGCGAAAUGACCAGGAUGAUUGUCUCAUCUUACAACGACAUUCUUGAAGAGAUGAAGGCUGUUCUAAUCAGCAGGAUAGUUGAGUAUGACUUUCGUCCGAUGGCUCUUGCCGUGUUCUUCCAGUGUCAAAUACUUGCCAUUAUGUUUUGCGCGCGAAACGUAGCUUGGACGAUGCAUAAAAGAAGCGUCUCCUUCUUUCUGGUGUAUUUUUUCUUCUUCCUAGGCAUAUAUUAUCUUUACAAUUCUGAAAGCGUGACUUUGCUCCACCGAACGAGUAUAUUCAACGCUCUAUUGGUUCUACUCAUUGUCAGCAUCUUGUACAUAAAUUGCGAUCUUUGCGUAAACUGCGACUUAUCUCUCAAAGAGCUCCUGAAGAGACCAAGGAUACGUGGGGUGUUCGAAGUCGGCGGGUUGUUGCACAUAGUCAGCCUCGCCGGCAGCAGCUUCGUCGAGGAGGAGCAUCAGACGUGGUACUUCUUCUGGUGCAGUGCGAUUUCGUACUUUCUCUAUCGUUACUCCAGGAAGUUGCUCGGAUACGAUCCAUGCGACUCGACGAGCGCAAACCUAAGGGUGCAAACCGAGGUGGAUCGACACGGUUACGAGAAUUCUAGGCGUCCGCGCCACGUAGAACUUUGCGCUAAGCUAUUGUUGCUACUGAUAGGACACAGAGUUCUGCGGAAGCUGAACAGCACCGGAGACAAAUGGGCACAUCUGUCUGAUAUAGCUCGCUGGUUGAAGGAGGACGACAGCAAAAUCGGGAUGACGCUCCUGCUUCUAACUGCGCUUGCUCUUCUGAUCUGGAUUGCGCACGAAUGUGAAGAUGAGGAAUAUAGACUACGAUCGUUGAUGCUUGAUACGGCGGUCGCGGCAUGUAUAUAUCUUCGCCAUAUGACCAAUAAUGCUGUUUUAAGAAUUCCAUUAUAUUUCUCGUCGAGUGGAAUAUACGAAGUACAGACGUUUUGGGGAAUAAUGAUGCUGUUCCUUCUAAGUUUUGUCUACCGAGUGACAUCAAUAAUUAGACGCGACAAGCAACGUUUUGCGAAAACGAUGCUAUUUUUUAUCAUCAAUUUUUGGGUGAUGCUCUCGGCGAUGCUGCACCAACCGUACAACGUGAUCCUAUUACCGUUGCAAAUUAUCGCGAGCUCGAUGAUCGAUGCUGCGUUGAAAGAAAAUGAUUUAACCCUCGAGCUCGGCGUCUUCGUCCACUGCUGGCUCGGCAACGUGUUUUAUUUCUAUCAGGGAAAUUCCAAUAGCCUCGCCAGUAUAAACAUCGCAGCGGGAUAUGUUGGUUUGCGUUCCUACAUGCCUUUCGUUACUGGGGCAUAUUUAAUCGUCAACACUUAUUCCGCGCCCGUUCUGGCUUACUUUUUGCUCGUUUAUCGUCAACAAUUCAGCGAAACACAUGAGACGAUAGAUAUCGUUGGACGCACUAGCAGGACUUACAUCGCAUGGAGAUUACUAACGAUGACCGUUUACAUGAUUAUCGUUGCUGGCCAGCGUCAUCAUCUCUUCGUAUGGUCGGUGUUUUCUCCGAAAUUGUUGUACGAGGCAACGUAUUCCGCGACGAUGUGCUGUUGUGUCCUAGUAGCGUUGAUUGUGAUUACAUUCCAAGCUGCGAUUACUCCUAGCUGCGCAUUGUACAAGGAUUAAACCAGCACGAGUAUCAAA